UGGGUGGAGACUAGUCCCUGGGCUACGGCCGCUGCUACACAAACACACGACGACGCUGCUGCUGCUGCUGCUGCUGCUGCUGCUGCUGCUGCUGCUGCCUCUUGCUCCCUCCGUGGGCAACUCCUACUACUGCUGGGCUGGGCUGGGCUGGGUUGGGCGGGCGGCGCCAGGCUGCUGCACAGACCAGUUCGAGAGAGACAGGGGAAGCAGUUCCUGCCCAAGCUUCUGAUCAGCCAAGCCACGUCUGUCAGUGAGCUUCAGGCUUUCAGAAUUCAAAAGAGUGUCUGAAAAACCCCCUCGAGCACUCCAAUGGCCAGCAACAACACCGCCAGCAUAGCACAAGCCAGGAAGCUGGUAGAACAGCUUAAGAUGGAAGCCAACAUUGAUAGGAUAAAGGUUUCCAAAGCAGCUGCAGACUUGAUGGCCUACUGUGAGGCACAUGCCAAGGAAGACCCCCUGCUGACCCCCGUCCCAGCCUCCGAAAACCCAUUUCGAGAGAAGAAGUUCUUCUGUGCCAUCCUUUAAGUUUCCAGGCGGAGGCUGAAGAGCCUCGGGGUUCCCGGGACAUUGGCGUAAUGUUUCUAUCAAAGUGGGCACCUUUCUCGUCCACGGCAUUUAAAGAGAGAGAGAAGAACCAUCCUGGAAACUCCAGGCUGUGCAUGUUUAAAGAACUGGUCCCCUUAGGCAAAUGAAAGCCGAUCCACUUCCCGACUUAAAAGAUCUGAUUCUGCAGACCUGCCUGGAGGAGGGGAAUGUAUAAAAAAUAAAAUUGGUGUCACUUCUUUUCUGCUAUCCCCUCCCCACCUUACUUUUUCUGCUUCAUAUUUAAAAAUAAAAAUAAACAUUGAAAAAGA